GUGUGAAGGGUGAAUGGUUGUGCGGGGAGGAGACGCAGUCAGAGGGGAGGAGUUUGCAAGGCUGUUAAUUCCCUUAUAAGAACGAUGGUGUUUGCACUGGGUUCUGGAAGAACUCACUGGGCGUCUCGGGGUCGUGUGAACGUGCCGCACAGCAGCAGUAGCAGCAGCAGCAGCGUCUCGCUACGGGUUACUUGCCCCGGCAGCCUUGUGUGUGGCCUAUACGGGACACAAGGUUGUCUGGUUGUUGUUCCAUACGGCAGAAGAUCGAUUAAAGAACAAGAAAAUAGAGCGCGUGUCGAGUUUGUACUUUAGCGUUAAACAUUACCAGCAUCUUAUUCGCCUCUCCCCCCCCCCCGCUCUCUUCACCAAGCGUUCGUUUCGUCAGCCGGCGGCAGCAUUGCAAUGGAUGCUAUCGAAAUUGUAUCAAAGGUCUUCUCGGUAGCAGAGGAGCUGUACAAAACAUUCCAGCAAGUAAAGUCCAACAGAUACCAAUGUCAGAGGUUGGUGGACAGGGUGAAGAUGGUCAUAGACUACCUCCAAAGGAAGGAGAAGGCCGAGCAUGUGGCCUCGUCUGAGGGCGCCUCCAGCAAAUCCAGACACCCUGACAAGAUGCCCUGCAGGGCCCGUAGCAAUGCUUUCGUACAGCUCAUCGAGGUCAUCGUGCAGAUCAAGGAAUACAUCGAGAAGUAUGAGAAUUACGGGGCCAUUAAGAAAUUCAUGAAGAGUAGCGAUGCCCAGGAGAACUUCGAACUCUUCCACGAGCGGCUCAACGACAUCAUUCCCAUGAUCACCCUGCAGGACAUCAACAUGCUGGACAGGACUCAUACCUACAUAUGCCCACAGAAUAUCAUGGACGCCACGAAGGACUUCCGUGAGGACCUCACACGGCUUAUACUGAACGCUGUGCUCACAGAGACGGGCAGGGCCAGCGAAUCCCAGCAGGAAGAAAUGAAAAAAACAAUCAGCACCAUCUUAAACAUUGCCAAGGAUCUCGGGAAGUCUAGACACCCUGUGGAAGAGCUCCGGGAGAUAAAGCUGGAUGAGAUUGUGAACCGGAAAAAAGACAUCACCACCAUCAAGUACUCCAUGUACAAGGGCGAGUUUUGCCAGUUCCCCGUUUGGAUCAAGCAUUUUAAAUCUGACAUGAGUUCAUAUGCAGCGGGGUCCAAGAAUGUCAUGUUGGAUGAAGCUAAGAAGAUGCGGGAACUUGACUCUGAGAAUAUUAUCAGGCUCUAUGGGAUUAUCGUGGACCCUUCGGCGAAUUUCUUUGCUAUCGUGAUGGAGUACUGCAGCCGUGGGACCCUCCGUGAGCUGCUGCAGUCUGCGGAGCCUCUCAGCUGGCGCAGCAAGGUUCACAUGGCCAUGGAGGGGGCACGUGCCCUCUGCCGAAUGCACAGCAUGAAGAGCCCAGUGUGCUACCGCAACGUGUGCACGGAUAAGUUCCUGGUCAAUGAGCACUACACCAUCAAGCUCUCCGAUCUUGGCUUUGCCAGGACCUGCACGUCCAUCUGCCGCAGCAGCACUAACCGGAACUCUUCAGAGUCAAUGGCAUUCAUCGCUCCUGAAAGACAGAACGACCUCAACUACAAACCCAUUCCCAGCUGCGACAUCUACAGCUAUGGUGUUGUGAUGUGGGAAAUUGCUGCACGCAAGAUUCCUUUCGAAGGGAAAGACAUGAAGGCAAUUCGGAGCAUGGUGAUGAAUGGCAAGAGUGAGCCACUGCCGGAGGACUGCCCCGAGGCCUUGAAAACUCUGAUCGACCAAGCGCGCGAGUGUGAUGUUCCUUUGAGGCCAGGCGCUGCAGAGCUGGUGAGAAAACUUCUUGAUCUUCACGAGGACCUGGACCUUUGAGGAUGUCAAGAGCAAUACAUUUGCUGUGGACAUACACUGAUGCACACAAGAAUAAUUAUGUAUUUACACAAAAACUAUCCCAUACACUCACGUCAAGGUGGAAUUUCCACCUAUACAAAUGCCCAGGUAUGCAAAUCACCUGACCAUAACGUAUGCACUAAAUAAACACAAUGUAUUAUUCUACAGGUCCAAAGCCAAAUUUGGAAUUGUUGAAUUAUUAUUGUAUAGCCAUAAAAUAUGACUGUGCCAGUGUAAUAGUUGAAUACGUUUAUCCUUUGUGCAAAAGAAAAUUUCUCAAUGAGUUAAAAACAUUACAUUUUUUCAAAAUCUCGUGACUGUUGAUUGUAAUUACUCAUUGAUUUUAUUUUAGUGUAGUGGGAUCCUGUAAACUUGUUUCUAUCGAAAACUAUGCUAAAAAAACAUGGUGGUAUUGAAACUAAACAAAAUAAAUGUGGCAACCUUCCCAUUGAGGUACCAAUAGGUCAAAAUGUCUCGUGUUUUUGGGCUUGCUGCAAGUUUUAGCACGGUUGGCUAUGUACGGUGCAAAAGAAGGUGUACAUAAAUAUUUGGCAUGAUGCCCGAUGUUUAGUUCCACGUUCUGGGAGAAGUUCAAUUCCUAGGAGAAGCUCUUAGUAUGUGAAACGAAAGUGUGUAUACAAGUGCAAAAAGCCUACGCAAUAUGUGAAAUGUCGGAUCACCUGCUGGAUGAGAGCUUCCCCACGCUGAGUGGAUUGUUCGAUCCGACUUAAGCCGCACCAACCAUCCACCCAGGUUCAAGGUGGAAAGCGUAGUUGUGGGCGGGUAGACGCAUCGUACAACAAUGUAUAUUGCUGCACUCCCUUGUGCUAACAACGGUGAACUGUGAAUGGCAGUUGCAUAGGGUUAAUUCCACUUCGCUUCCAAGAUCUGACAUGAAUAAAUAGGUGGCCAUUCGGGGUGAUUUUGACACGCUCAUAAGCUUAACAUGUCUCGUAAAAAUAGAAAAAUCCAAUAUUUAAGUGAACCUGAGUGCAUUCUCUGGUGUUACAAAUUGGUGUUCGAGAGUUUGUAUUUGUAGCAUUGUUAUGUCUUUACUGCAUGAUAACAAUUGUUUCAGCUGGGUGCAUGUUUCAAAUCAUUUUAUGCCAUAAAAUAUUCGAGAUUUUACAAAA